CUGACGCAAGACACCAGCUCAACAUGCAGUAUUGGGUUACGUGGGCCUCCCUCCCUAUCGUGAUUUUCGGUCUGUGGCUGUAUACCUCCCAGUUUUGCCAAUCGUUUCCCACACUGCAGGGCAAGCGCAUCUUGCUGCUCAUUGCCCACCCCGAUGAUGAAGCCAUGUUUUUUGCACCUACUCUGCUGGCCUUGACCCGUCCGGAGCUUGGAAACCACGUCAAAAUCCUUUGUCUUAGCAGUGGCGACGCCGAUGGUCUGGGUGACAUCAGAAAGAAGGAACUGAUAAAGAGUGGCAUCCAGCUGGGAAUUCGGUCCUCAGACGAUAUCCACGUGAUCGAGGACAGCAACUUCCCCGAUUCAAUGUCUGUAACAUGGCAUCCUCGCCUGAUAUCCAAUCUUCUCACAUUGACAUUCGCCCCCAAGAUGGCCUCUAUCACCCCUAAAGAUGCUCCACAAGCAAACAUUGACGCCAUUGUCACUUUUGAUGCAAACGGCAUAUCUGCUCACCCGAAUCACAAAUCACUCUAUCAAGGGUCACACGCGUUUCUAAAGGCGCUUAUGCAUCGUCAUAGUGGAUGGGAAUGUCCUAUCAAGCUGUACACGCUGACUACUACUUCCGUCAUUCGCAAAUAUGUUGGCGUUCUUGACGCGCCACUUACUUUGAUUGGUGCUACUCUUGGGAGAAAAACUACGGGAGAUUUCCCGACACCGUUGCUGUUUGCCAGCUCACCGGUCGGCUACAGGGUUGCCCAGAGAGCCAUGACCACCGCGCACAAGAGUCAAAUGAGAUGGUUCCGGUGGGGCUGGAUCACUCUCUCCCGUUACAUGGUGAUAAAUGAUCUGAGGAAGGAGACAGUAAUCUAA